GAUUGGUCCGUUCUGUGUCACUCCCACUUUAGCUUAACCCGCCUUGUCAACUCCUUCCGGAUGUGUGUGUGCGAAGCUGAAGUCCUCUUGUAAAGGUCUGGCGAAGAAGCGGGCACACGUCGAGCGAUUGUAAAUAAAAGGUCAACAGAGACAAUAGUGCUCCUGUGUGACUUUAGUUUACCUUGAAAUGAGACUAAACCUGUUCUCACUUACAAAUGACCGCAGUGAGGUUACUGUAUCACAUUAUUCCUGACGUAUGAUGCGGUAAAGGGCUGCCACAUUGAGACUUCCAAAGUAGUAUUGCUAUAAUGUUCAGGGAUAUCUGGUGUGGCUCGUCAUACAUAUAGACACUUGAAAUUGCAGUAUGGAGGGUGUGCGUUGGGCGUUUCGUUGCGGGUCGUGGUCCCCUACUCGUGCUGAGUGGUUGCUUGCUGCUCGGUGUGUGCAGCGCGAGGAGAAGGAGCGGAUUGGACAGUUUGUGUUUGCCAAAGAUGCCAAGUCAGCCAUGGCCGGGAGACUUCUGAUCCGUAAACUUGUGUCGGACAAGAUGGGAAUAGUCUGGGAUCAAAUCCGGUUGGAGAGGACUCCUAAGGGGAAGCCAGUGGUGGCCAACCCCAUAGCUGAUGCUGGACACCAGAAGUGGAGCUUUAACGUGUCCCACCAGGGUGACUACGCUGUGCUGGCUGCAGAGCCUGGCCUGCAGGUUGGAGUAGACGUCAUGAAGACCAGCAGGCCAGGCUCCAGCUCCAUCCCAGAGUUUUUCCGGCUCAUGACCCGCCAGUUCACGGAGCACGAGUGGAACACCAUCAGGGCCACGGGGUCGGAAUGGGAGCAGCUCCACACGUUCCACCGGCACUGGACCCUGAAGGAGAGCUUCAUCAAGGCCAUUGGGACGGGCCUGGGGUUCGAUCUGCAGCGGAUAGAGUUUCACAUAUCACCUCUGCAAAUCCUGGAGGGACAGGUGUGCACUGAGACCAGAAUGCACCUGGAUCAGGAGGAGGAGGAGGACUGGACAUUUGAGGAGUGCCUGCUGGACCAGCACCAUCAUGUGGCGGUGGCCCUGAGCCGCAGAGGAUCGCCGGCAGCAGUGGCGGCGGCCGAGAGGGAGCACUUUGCUGGCCACGCCAGGCCUCUUAAGUUCACCGUGUUGAGCUUCAGCGAGCUGGUCUUGGGCGCCGUGCCUCUCUCGGAGGAGGACCCGGCUUACUGGGAGAGCUUUGAGAAGAAACAGGAGGCACCCACACGCCAGCACAACCAGCCUUGACCAGCCGAGACCAGGGACCGGGCCCACGGCCCACUACCAAGACCCCAGGAAGGGAAAGGAGGCAACUGAACUGGCCAUUAAAGGCUGUUGCUUUCCCUGCGACUUUUUGGAGAGACUUUUGUGGCCUUUUGCGUCUGGUGAAAGUAGGGCGCCUUCUCUCACUUGGGCUGGGGCUACAGCUGGGGGGGGGGGACAUUUCAUUUCUCUAGCCUUGAUGUGUUUUGUAAACUCUUGGGGAAAAUGCCAAACGUGGUUACGAAUAAAAAUCCAAAACGAAA